GUAUCGCAUCGUAUUCGACUCACCACGAUGAACAAAAACUAAUCUGGGUUGGCACACACAGCGAGAUAUUUGUCUCACUGUUUACCCGAUGGAGGAAUCUGUACGGCUACUGUCGUGCUCCAGAGAGGAGUCAAAGCCCCUCACCAUCGUAGUCACAGGGUGCAACAGGUAUGUCGUAUGGUCCUGUGUCUACUUUACUCUGUCAUGGCAGCACUGGUAAUAUUUCCGCAUUAUUUCGAUAUUGAAGCAGUGGAUUGGUUCUGUGGAUCCCGACUCUUGGGAUUCGGAUAGCACGUGCAGCAAAUACACGGCUGACAAAAUUUGUGUUUCUCUCUUUGUAUUCUCUAAUUUCUACUCGUAUGUCUUUCGGCUGCAGUGGCAUCGGAAUAGAGGCGUGCAAACUUUUGCGCCUGACGUCCCCAAGGAGUCGGCUUUUUCUUGUAGCGAGGAAUAGGGAAAGAGCGCUCCGGGCUGCCGAUGAGAUUGCCUCGCUCAUAGCAGAACCGGAAAAUACAGACGAUAGCAAUUUAUGUUACAGCAACGAAUUUCACCGUCACGAAGAGAAAGAGCAUAACGAUGGGUUUGAAGGGUAUAAGAAAACCAUAUUCCCUAUGGUAUGCGAUCAUUCUAGUUUCGAUAGUGUGCGGAAAUUCUGCGAAGAAAUGAAAAACCAGUUGAAAGCGUUGAGUGAGAUGGAGGGACACCACAUUGGAAUCGACGUUUUAUGUUUGAAUGCUGCAGUAUUACUCGCCGAAGAUGCCAAGGCCCAAUUCACAAAAGAUAACCUGGAAUUGACGAUCCAGACGAAUCACUUCUCUCCUUUCUUGAUCGCAAACGAACUUUUGAAUUUCAUGAACGACGGAGCGAGAGUAGUCGUGACGUCCAGUGGUCUGCAUGCGUUUCAAAGUUUUGGUUCGUUUGAAGGAGUAAUAAAUCCCGAAACCGGAAAGAUCCAACAUGGAUUCGAAAUGAUAACAGGCUGUUCCUUCGACUACAAAAAAUGCUAUGCAAUCAGCAAACUCUGCAACGUCUCGUUUUGCUUGGAACUGAACCAACGGCUUCGAAAACGAAACGCCAAGGCAAUUUGUUUUUCACCUGGCUUGAUUCCGUCAUCGGGGCUUUUCAAGCACCAAACAAGAUGGCAUGACACGGUUCUCAAAAAAUUAGGAAUGGGGGUAGUGGACUCACAAUCAUGGGGUGGCGCGUUGUUGGCAUGGAUGGCAAUAUCAGACAUGGCCUAUAGAGAAGGGGGCUGCUACUGGCGGGCUCCCCUUGGAAUAUCGAGGCGUGGGGGKAAAAUCCCAGACGAUCUCUAUCUGGAAUCGCUAAACGAAGAGGCAACAAAUCGCAAAAAUAGAGAAACACUGUGGGAAAUAUCGUCCGUGUUGACGGGUUCAGCAUACCAUCCCAUAAAUACACCGGAAGAAGAUUUGCAGGAGCGAAACCAAGCCCGAUGAAAAUUUGACCGAAACAAGAAAGCACUCGUCACCAGAGAGCCUGCAAUUUUUACUGCAUCCAAACAAAUCGCUACAACGUUACAAAAAUAGACCACGAAACUAUAC